GAGAUUUCACAAUCAAAGGCAAAGAGAGAUGUAUAUAGGUAUUAAAGACUGAGAGAGAUGUUAGACUUCCCUUCUGCCAGUAGAAUCUGAGGAACAUCUACUUAGGAGACUUAAAUCCACUAACAGUCAUGAAAACAGCAGGCUUUCUGCUCCUCAAUCUGACACUAUGCCUCUUUUACUCAGGUAUUGCCAUUGAAGCAAGAUCGGUUGACCAAGGAAUUCUGGGAUUGCACAAUCAUGCCAACCAGGUUGACUGUAGGGGUUAUCCUCGAAAUGUCUGCACCCUUGAACACCGUCCCCAUUGUGGUACUGAUGGAAUAACAUAUAGCAACGCAUGUUUCUUCUGCAAUGCCUAUGUCCACCAACGUGGGAGGCUUAGACUGAAGCACAAAGGAGCUUGCAGAUACCUUUCAGAUGCACAAGACUAAAGAGAACCUACAAGAGAAUUCCACUUCGUUUUCUGCCUUCCUAAUAUCGUUCUCAUCUGCAAGGACCCUUUCUUGCCUUGCUUCUGCUAUGUUGGAUCCAAGCCAUUAGUUUUAAAUUUUCAAAAAGUGUUCAGCUCUUUAUGUAGCUUGCUUCAUUGCUUCCUGUUUAAUUAGAAUUCUUGGGCAAACUUCAUCACUUUGCUUCUUAACCACAAAGUAAACCUGUUAUACAACUA